CAACUGCAUCCCCCAUGUCCGACACGAUCACGCUCCCCGCGCCCGCCGACUUCCACGUCCACGUCCGCCAGGGCGCCAUGUGCGAGCUCGUGACGCCGCACGUCGCGGCGGGCGGCAUCCGCACCGCCUACGUCAUGCCCAACCUCGUCCCGCCUUUGACCAAGACCGAAGCCGUGCUCGCGUACAAGAACGAGCUCGAGCGCAUUGCGCCCGGCGUCGAGUGGCUCAUGACGCUCUACCUCCACCCCGAGGUGACGCCAGAGGAGAUCCGCAAGGCGUCGAAGGCGGGUGUGAGCGGGGUCAAGUCCUACCCGCGCGGCGUGACCACCAACUCGUCGUCCGGCAUCGAAGACUACGGCGUCUACUACCCCGUCUUCAAGGCGAUGGAGGAGGAGGGCAUGGUGCUCAACCUGCACGGCGAAGUGCCGUCCGACGACGAGAAGAACAUCUCGGUGCUCAACGCCGAAAAGCACUUCCUCGAGCACUUGCGCAAGCUCGCGGCCGACUUCCCGAACCUCCGCAUCGUGCUCGAGCACGCCACGACCGCCGAGGCGGUCGAGUGCGUCGCCUCCCUCGGCCCAAACGUCGCGUGCAGCAUCACGGCGCACCACCUCUGGCUCACGAUCGACACGGUCGCCCCGCAGCCGCACCACUUCUGCAAGCCGCUUGCGAAGGAGCCGCGCGACCGCCGCGCCCUCCAGGACGCCGUGAAGUCGGGGAACCCCAAGUUCUUCCUCGGCUCGGACUCGGCGCCGCACCCGUCGGCGGCGAAGGCGCCCAAGAUCUCCGAGGAGGGCGAGCUCCACUCGUGCGCCGCGGGGUGCUACACCUCCCCGUACCUUAUCCCCCUAGUCGCGACUCUUUUGGAGAGCUUUGGCGCGCUCGACAAGCUCCAGGGCUUUGUGAGCGACCACGGGCGCAGCUUCUACAAGGUCCCUGCUAAGAAGGGGCAGGAGCUCAUCCUCCGCCGCCCCGCCACGGCGAUCAAGGUCCCUGCCAAGCUUGAGGGCCACGGCAACGAGGUCGUGCCCUUCUGGGCUGGUCGCGAGCUGGGCUGGGAGAUUGCCCAGUAAAUCUGCGUAGCAAGGAGCAUAGGGGAGGGUUGUCAUCUACAUGCAUGAAUAUACAGAGUCUGGA